ACAUCCUUCCUCUGAGCGCUGAACUACGUUUCCCAGGGGCCAUCGCGUCCAAAGCUACUUCCGGUGAGAGGCCGCGUUGGUUUAUUGUCCAGGUUUCCAGACUGGAGCAUCCAUUUGUGGGGAAGCAGCGUGGAGGCCUGGGUUGAGUCUUGCAUUUUAAACGCGGCCUGGAACUAAUAGCUCCUGGCCACGGAUGUGAACAACUGUGAAGGCGAUGAUUUUUGCCCAGGGAAAGGAUGUGGGCCCGGGGCCAAGGCCUGUGAAUUGAGAUCGUGAGAUCUCUGAAAGGCUGUCCAUGCUCUGACUGCAUUUUCCAAUGUCCAUCAUAGCCGAAGCAGCUUCCUGUCCGCACACUGGCCCUUUCAGGACCAUAGGAAGGCUUGCGCCCGAGUCCCUGCGGAACAUUUUUGAAGGGACCGCAGGGUCAGCUCUGCUUUCUCAAGACUGUGCUUCACCAGGAGAGGAAUCUAGAAGACUGAUUGAGUCUUAGAAUUUUAAGUCAUGGCCCAUCAGUUGAUGAUGUUCAGGGAUAUAGCUGUAGACUUCUCUCAAGAGGAGUGGGAGUGCCUGGACUUGGAACAGAGACAUUUGUACAGAGAUGUGAUGUUGGAGAACUACAGCAACAUGAUCUCACUGGGACUUUGCAUUUAUCAGCCAGAUGUGUUCUCUUUACUGGAGAAGGGAAAAGAGCCCUGGAUAUUUUUACAGAAUGAGACAAGAGGACAUUGCCCAGACAUGCCAUUCAGAUGUCAAACCAAGGAGUUAUCACAAAAAAGUGUUACUUUUGAGAGAGAAUUAUCUCAAUUGGAAAUCUGUAAAAAACACAACCUUGAAUAUUCAUGUUUUAGGGCUGAUUGGGAAAGCAAAGGUCAGUUUGAAACACAACAGGAAAAUCAGGAAGAAUGUUUAAAGCAAGUUAUACUCACCAAUGAAAAAAUGUCCACUUUUAACCAUCACACAGCUCACAGACUUGAUACAGGAAAGAAACUGAAUGAAUUUAAAGAGUGUGCGAAAGCCUUUUGUUCUGGCUCGGACUGUGAUCAACAUCAAUUAAUUCACACUGGUGAGAGAUUUUGUGAAGAUAAAGAAUAUGAGAAGACCUUUCUUUCUGAUUCAGAACUUACUCAAUAUCAGACAGUACACUCUGCCAAGAAAACAUAUGAAUGUAAAGAAUGUGGGAAGGCUUUUAGUUUGCGUUCAAGUCUUACUGGUCACAGGAGGAUUCAUACUGGUGAAAAACCUUUUAAAUGUAAGGAAUGUGGGAAGUCCUUUAGAUUUCAUUCACAACUUAGUGUUCAUAAGCGUAUUCAUACUGGUGAGAAAUCUUACGAAUGUAAACAAUGUGGGAAAGCCUUUAGUUGUGGCUCAGAUCUUACACGACAUCAGAGAAUUCAUACCGGUGAAAAACCUUAUGAAUGUAAUGAAUGUAGAAAGGCCUUUAGUCAGCGAUCACAUCUUACUAAACAUCAGAGAAUUCACACUGGUGAAAAACCUUAUGAAUGUAAGCAGUGUGGAAAAGCGUUUACUCGUGGUUCACACCUAACUCAACAUGAGAGAACUCAUACUAGUGAGAAAUCUCAUGAAUGUAAGGAAUGUGGAAAAGCCUUUAUUCGUGGUUCAAAUCUUGCUCAACAUCAGAAUGUUCAUGUUGGUAGGAAACCCUAUGAAUGUGAGAAAUGUGGAAAAGCCUAUAUCUGGAGUUCGCACCUUGCUAGACAUCAACGAAUUCAUAAUGGUAGGAAACCUUAUGAAUGUAAGCAAUGUGGGAAGACAUUUAUUUGGGCCUCCUAUCUUGCUCAACAUGAGAAAAUUCAUAAUGAGAGGAAACUCUAUGAAUGUAAGGAAUGUAGAAAGACCUUUCGUCAUGGCUCAGAGUUUAAUCGGCAUCAAAAAAUUCAUACUGGUGAAAGAAACUAUGAAUGUAAGCAAUGUGGAAAGACCUUUUUUCGUGGUUCAGAACUUAAUCGACAUCAGAAAAUCCACACUGGAAAGAGACCAUAUGAAUGUGAAGAAUGUGGAAAAGCCUUUCUCUGGGGUUCACAACUUACUCGACAUCAGAGAAUACAUACUGGUGAGGAACCUUAUGUAUGUAAAGAAUGUGGGAAAUCUUUUAUCUGGGGUUCACAGCUUACACGACAUAAGAAAAUUCAUACUGAUACAGAAUCAUAUGAAUGUAAAGAAAGUAGCCAGAUCUUUAGUCCCCAUCCAUAUUUUACUGAACAGAAAAUUCACAAUGGUGAGAAUCUCUAUCAAUGGAAAGACUAUAGGAACACCUUUAGUCAGGACUCAGACUUUGCUCAACAUCAGGAUAUUUACACUUUUGAGAAAUCCUAUGAAUGUAAAAAUUUUGAGACAUUUUCUCCAAGCUCUCAUCUUAUUUCACUCUUGUGAGGUCUUAUAAUAUAAAAAUAUAGGAAGUCUUUAUUCAUAACUCCUUAAUUGAUGUCAGUUAAUUCCUUCUUUUGAGGAACUCACAAGUAUAAGUAAUAUUGGAAGAACAUUUGACAGAGCACACAACACACUAAAUAGCAGAGAAUUCAUAAUGCAAUCUAUAUUAAUAUAGGAAAGCAUUUACUGAUUGGUUUUCCAUUUGGAAUAUCAGGGUAAAACCCUAUGAAAAAGAUGACGCUGUGAUUCUCUUGAAUCAUUCUUAAAAGCAUUCUCCACAUCAUUGAUACUACUCUGCAUAGAAUUUAAAUCUAACUCACAUAGGGAAACCUUCCAUUCCUAUUAAAUUUUGUUAUAGUUCCACAAAAUUAUACCAAAGGUGAAUUUCUGUUACGUAAUUAAUCUUGGAAAGCUUUGAGCUGUGUCAUGCAGUUUAUUUGGCAUGUCUUAGUUUCAACACCUCUUAUCUUUGUAUUUUUUGGAAAGUAACUUGAAUCUGUGUUUCCUUAUUUGAUUACAAGGGUUAAAUGAACUUGAUUACUUCAAUGACUUAAUAACCAUCAUUAAUAUUAGUGUUAGACAACUUCUAUGAGAGGAAGACCUUAACAAUAUAAUGAAUGUAGACAAAUAUGCCAUUUAUAUGUGUGUCUUAUUGAAUAGCAGGAUGCUAAUUCUGAAGAAAAACCAGUCAAACGGAAGGGAAGAAAGCUUUGAAUCAGUAUUAAAUUCAUUUGCUGCAUAAAAAAAUUCAUACUAUAAAGAAAGCCUUAUGGUUUUAAUGAAAGUGGAGUUGUUGAAUGCUCACCAGUGGGUUUUUUUUUUUUUUUUGGUUUUGUUUUUAAAGGCAUUUAGAAAUGAUUUGUCCCUAACAGAUUUCUAAAGCCAAAUAUCAUAUCCAUUUUAUCACCACAAUGACAAUUUAUUUUUUUUAAGUUUAUUUAUUUCGAGAGAGAAAGCAUGAGCAGGGUAGGGGCAGAGAGAGAGAGAGAGAGAGAGAGAGAGAGAGAGAGAGAGAAUCUCAAGCAGGCUCCCCACUGUCAGCAAGAGCCC